UCUGGGAACCUUUUACUCGAAACAGUGGUGUCGGCACCUCAUUCACACAAGCAUACUGAUAAAGAAUAUCACAGGCCGUAGGCCUUCUGUCCUUACUGCACAAAUAUGAAAUCUGAAUCUGACAUGUGAGUGAAAAACUGAGCAUCGACAAAGGCGGAUUGGUCAAAAUGCCUGUUUCAAGGCGUGACAAGAAAGUCGAACUUACUCAGGUUCUGAAACAUGCUCCUAAGAAAAAAGAACACAUUGAGAAGGUUCGUCAAUAUCUGGAUGAAUAUGGAAGAGUAUAUGUAGUGACUCUGCAAAAUCCUCGCACCCAAAAAGUUUCCGAAAUACGAAAAAGCAUGGUGAAAAUAAAGCUUCUAUUUGGUGUCAACAAGGUGACGACUUUGGCGUUGGGUAAAACUCAUGAAGAUAGUUAUCGACCAAAAUUGCACCUUUUAUCCAAAUAUCUGAAAGGACAAUGUGCCCUGCUGUUUUCACGAUCACCGCCUCCAGAAUUACGCGAGCAGCUUGAUGCGUUCCGGUCGUCAGAAUACAGUAGACCAGGUGUACUUGCUGAGCAAACUGUCCGGAUUGCAUCUGGUCCGUUGCCCAAAUUUUCUCACAAUAUGGAGCCUGUUUUGCGCCAGUUAGGAAUGCCUGUUAAACUAGUCAAAGGUGUUGUUCAUUUGGAGAGAGAGUAUCUUGUGUGCAGCAGAGGAGAUGUUCUUUCACCGGAACAGUGUCGUAUUCUAGUAAGUAACUGUUGUGUUUAUACAGCUCCACAAUAUUCAUUCGUAACUUUUUCAAAUAACAAAAUAAAUUAAUCAGAUAUCGCACACUAAUAUUCUUUCUCGACAACUUUCGGUUAUUUGUCAGACUUACAAGUACAUUCACCCAUAGGUUUCACUCCAUAAACUCUUUACAAUGAUUUAUACUAAUGAUUUUGCACCAUAGACCUAUAUUUUUCUUCUCAAACUAAUUAGUUCUUUUAAUAUGUUCGAUGUAUGUAAAUUACAAUAAAACUUACUUUCUUCAA